AUGCCGCGCUCGAGAAGGUCCAAGGCCUCGAGUGACUUGCUGUCGGUCAACUUCAAUCAGGAUGCUAGCUGUGUAGCAGUAGGGACGAGGACGGGAUACUCGAUCACCAAUUGCGAGCCGUUUGGCAAGGUGUACUCGAAGAAUGUCGGCCCAGUCUCCAUCGUAGAGAUGCUCUUCUGUACCUCUCUCGUCGCCAUCGUAGGUACGGCAGAUUCUGGACCCAGCGCCUCGCCGCGACGACUGCAGAUCGUCAACACCAAGCGCCAAUCAACAAUCUGCGAGCUUCUCUUCCCCACGACGAUCCUCGCCGUCAAACUCAACCGUCGCAGGCUAGUCGUGGUCCUGGAGGACGAGAUCUACAUCUACGACAUCAGCAACAUGAAGCUCCUCCACACCAUCGAGACGAGCCCAAAUCCCAACGCAAUCUGCGCCCUUUCACCCUCGAGCGACCCGUGCUUCCUGGCCUACCCAAGCCCAGUGCCUAGCCCUACGUCGCCGUUUGCGGGAGGCAGCGGUGGGGAAGGAGGGAACGGUGCGGGAUCAAAAGGGGCCUCAUCGUCCAGCUCCGGCUCAUCAACACCGGGCGAUGUCCUAAUCUUCGAUCUCCUCCACCUCCAAGUCUCCAACAUAAUCCAAGCCCACAAGUCGCCCAUCGCGCAUCUCUCCCUCAAUUCCACGGGCACCUUGCUAGCCACAGCCUCGGAUAAGGGGACCGUCCUGCGCGUCUUCUCCGUUCCCGGUGCCCAGCUUGUAGGCCAGUAUAGGCGCGGCGCCUACCCGGCUAGGAUCUACAGUAUGCAAUUCAACGCGGUCAGCAGUCUCCUCUGCGUCAGCAGUGAUACGGAGACGGUGCAUAUUUUCAAGCUGGCAGGUGCAGGGGCAAAGGCAGGAGGAGGAGGAGCAAAAUCGCCAGGAGGUGGCUUUGGAGGGGCGGGUACGCUCGAUUCGCCCAGUUUGGGGAGUGAGGAUGGGAGUAGCGAGAAUGGUAGCCAAGCAGGUGCAACGGCUCCACCAUCGUCCAAGUCCUCUGCGGGAGGCGGAGGAUUCCGUGGCUCCCUCACACGACGCACCUCUGCUCUUGCCUCUCGCCUCGCCUCGUCCACUAGCAGCUCAACGAGCGCCUACCUACCUUCAUCCCUCUCCUCCCUCUGGACACCACAACGAGACUUUGCAUCUCUCCGCCUUCCCACCCCGGGUGCUAGCUCGGUAGUGGCGGUGAGCGGGACAAGUCCACAGGUGUUCGUGGCUACGAGCGAGGGUUACUUCUAUGUCUAUGGGAUUGAUCUGGAGAAGGGAGGGGAGGGGGAGUUGUUGAAGCAGUUUUCGCUUCUGGAGGGGACGGCCGGGGAUGGGGAUGGUGCGGAGGGGCAGGGGGAAGAGGGUCAAGAUGGGGCAUGA